GGGGGGCGGGGCUGGCGCCGAGGCUGAUGGCGGGCCCGGUGAGUGAGGUGCUGCAGGCGCUGUCGGAGCGGGAGCGGGAAGGCGCGGAGCCGCUGGCGGAGCUGCACAGGCUGCGGGCGCUGCUGUUGGCGCUGCCGCUGCCCUCGGUGCGGGAGCUGACGAGCGUCCUGCAGUUCGCGGUUAUUUUCAACCUCCUGAACAGCGAGCACAGGGAGCAGAUUGAGGUGUGCGUUUCCAUUCUCGAGCGACUUCUGCAGGCUGUGGAACCACUUUAUUUGGCUCAGAACUUCAAAGAGCAACUCCAGAAUGGACUUCAACACCCAGAUGACAGUGUUCAAAUCCUUGCUUUGUCCCAGAUUGGACGAAUUGUUGAAGAUUCUGUUGCAGUCACAGCAAUUCUUAACACCCCUGAGCUGCUCAGGCUUAUCCAGAGUAUUGGCAGUGAAAGAAUAUUGGUAGCAAAGGAGGCAAUCCAUUCUCUUUCCCGAGUUGCCCAAAGCAAAGCUGGGCUCGAUGCAUUGUUCAUGACUUGCACACUGCAGGAUUUGACAAAUGUCAUGGCGACCAGCGAUGUGAUACGAUACAGAAUCUAUGAGCUGAUGGUGGAGAUCUCGUCUGUGUCACCUGUUUCUCUGGGAUAUUGCGUCAACAGUGGCCUUUUAUCACAGCUGAUCAAUGAAAUGAUGGGGGAGGAUGUGCUGAUCAGAGCCAACGCAAUAGAGAUGAUCACUGCACUGCUGAAGACUCCACAAGGACGACAUUACCUCGCUCAGCAAGGUGUCAUCAACAAAAUCUCAAAUAUGAUCAUUGGUGCAGCCUCUGACCCCUUCUCUGGCUUUUAUCUACCAAAUUUAGUCAAGUUCUUUGGACACUUGGCAAUAAUGGACGGUCCUCAGCAGAUAUGUGAGCGCUAUCCUGCCUUUGUGGAAAAGGUCAUUGAAAUGGUGCAAGGGCAGGAGCUAACCAUGGUUGGAGUUGGCUUGGACACCCUGGAAAUUCUUGGAUCCAGCAUUGAAGGGAAGCAAGUGUUGAAUAAAACAGGUUCUGCAUUCCAAGAUCUGCUAAGAAAGCUCGGGAACCUCUUGAGCGGUGCAAAUAUGGAUGUGCAAAGCCGCUGCCUUGAUGCUGUUGCUUCUCUCCUCUACCUCUCUGCAGACCAGCAAACUGAUGAUCUCCUGGGGAUGAUGGAGUCCUGGUUUCAGGCUUUGCACAGCCGGCCGUUGGAAAUGUUCCGGACUAUGAGUGCCCAGCCCUUCCCAGAGAUUCACAUCGGCGCACUCAAAGUCUUCACGGCGAUUGCAGGCCAGCCAUGGGGCCAGAGGUUGAUGCUCGCCACCCCAGGGUUCAUGGAAUACAUCGUGGAUCGAUCAGUUGAACCUGAUAAAGAUUCGAAAGACGCAAAAUUUGAACUGGUGAAAACUCUAGUGGGCUCCAAAACCACAGCUGAGAUUUUGGGAAACCAGCAUUACCUGAUGCUACGGGGGUACUUGCGGGAAGGCCCCUACUUCGUGAAGACUGUGACAGCAGUGGCAGUGGAAGGGAGCGAGUAAUCUUACAUUAAAGAUCUGAUCAUUAAAGGCAGCAUUGACAAACAA